AUGCACCUUCUCCUGCGUGACCAGCUCUGGGACCUUGGUGCGGAUAGCUUCCAGGCUCCAGCUCAGCAGAACAACAACGCCCCAGCAAACAACGUGCAAGAAGAGGGCUGGCUCGAGGUGGGCAAGUGUAACCGCACCGUCCUGACACGCUCCACAAAGACAACCGACUCCCCCAUAACACGCAUCUUCGGCGGCAAAUUCCGCUCCACUCUCCGUGUACCGCAUCAAAAAGACUCUGUCGUUUUCGAAGACUGGCGUAGUCUGCGGUUAGACAUCCAACGCGACACAAUCCACACAAUCAAAGAUGCCCUCACGCACAUCUCUAUACCUCAAUCCGUGCAAGUCACCUCCGUAACACGCCCAGGGGCAACCCUCGACGCAACCCAACAAGUCCACAUCGACUCCCUCCCUCCGAUCCUCAUCCUCGCGCUCGUGCUGCUGCCGACGGCAACAGUGAACUGUCUGCAGGGGCACUCGCAUUCUGUUGCUUUUGUCAACGAAGUAACAACCAUGUACCGUCACAUGGACACUUCGCAUUGGUUCCUCGGCCCACGCAUGACCUACACCUCUGGCGUCAUCUUAGACGCUAACAAAGGCACCUCCCUCGAGAACUCCAAGGAUUUAUCUAUGAGUCGUUACUAUACCAUUGCUGCUAUCCUAGUACAGUAG